AAGCUCCACAACCUUUUCCCCCUCCAAUGGUGAAGCUCGCAUCCGCCAGAGAGAGCCGCCUCUAUGGCACUCGCCUCGCUCGGAACCGCUUCGAGUACAUAAACGCCGGCCUCUACGUCUUCGCCACCAUCGUUCUCCUCAGCGGAUUCGUCUCCCAGCUCUCCAGAGACCCCAAAUCAGGGCUUGCGCUGAUGAUGAUAGGGUUAGGGCUCUUGUUUGUGGUGAAUGUUCAUGAUCUGGUGGCGCACAUGGCCGGGAUCGAUUACAGAUUAGGGUUGAUGGAGUUUGAUCUUCAGCUUGGGCUUGUGGAGUUCUCGGUUCCGUUUGUUCAGGCCAUGGGGUAUCUCCUCUCCUUCUUGGGCAUUCUCUUCCUCUUCCUUCAGGAAGAGAAAGGCUAUGGUUACUUCAAAUUGGAGAGGCAUGCUUUGAACAUGCUUAUUGCUGGCCCUGUUCUAUGGGUGCUUGGCUCGAUCCAUAACUCGUGCCAAAUCUACGAGAGAGCUGAUGGACACAUCCAAAUAUUGCAGCAGAGCGUCCACAUCCCAUUCUUAAUGGGAAGCUUGUUGUUCAUGGUGGGUUCAAUUAUAAACUGCCAUGAGCAAGCGCGAUUGGUUCAUCAUGGUAUAGACUUAUUGGGUAUGGCUUGGGUGUGGUUAGGCAUGUUUGGGUCGCUACUGUUCUUCAUUGGGGGCCUAAUGAAUGUGGUGAAAGUGUUCAAAAUGCAGCAAAUGGAUGGAUUAAGGCUUGAAAAACUCCGAGGAGGGGCACAAGAGAGACUGAUUCAUGAAAGGGAAGGCCAAAUCCCUCUCAUCCUAGAAGAUCAGAGGAGGAGAAAAAUACAUGUGGAGGAAACAAUGCCAGUUGUGGUUCCAACUCCUUACAGGGAUGUCCUUGUAGGCCAUAGUUUGGCAAUAGGCAUUGUUGUGGGGUGGAAAGAUUUCCUUACGAAGUGUGACGCGCAAGGGUCCAAAGGACUUCAUAUCUCUGCAGUGUCCUUCAACCAAUUGGGGUUAUUGUACGGAAUGGCAUCUGUAUCAAGUCAACCACAAUUCCGUUACACUCAACCACCAUCCAAGGUGCUCCAUUUAAGGAACUUGCCAUGGGAGUGCACAGAGGAGGAAUUGAUUGAGCUGGGAAAGCCAUUUGGUAAAGUUGUCAACACAAAAUGCAAUGUUGGGGCAAACAGGAAUCAAGCUUUUAUUGAAUUUGCAGAUUUGAAUCAAGCUAUUGCAAUGAUAUCAUAUUAUGCUUCAUCUUCAGAGCCGGCUCAAGUACGGGGGAAAACCGUCUACUUACAAUAUUCCAACCGGCAAGAAAUAGUAAACAACAAAACAUCUGCUGAUGUUGCUGGAAAUGUACUGCUGGUGACAAUCGAGGGUGCUGAUGCACGCCUUGUGAGCAUUGACGUUUUACACUUGGUGUUUUCUGCUUUUGGAUUUGUGCAUAAGAUCACUACCUUUGAGAAGACAGCCGGAUUCCAGGCUUUGGUGCAAUUUUCAGAUUCAGAAACUGCCUCUGCUGCAAAAAAUGCCUUGGAUGGAAGGAGCAUCCCGAGGUACCUACUUCCAGAGCAUUUGGGACCAUGCACUCUUAGGAUUACAUUUUCUGCACACACAGAUUUGAGUGUGAAAUUCCAAAGCCACCGCAGCAGGGACUACACUAAUCCUUAUCUUCCUGUUGCUUCAUCAGCCAUAGAUGGAAGUGGUCAAUUUAGCAUGGGUUUUGAUGGAAGAAAAGUAGAACCUGAAAGUAAUGUUCUUCUUGCAUCUAUUGAGAACAUGCAGUAUGCUGUCACCUUGGAUGUCUUACACAUGGUUUUUUCUGCUUUUGGGCCUAUCCAAAAGAUUGCAAUGUUUGAUAAGAAUGGAGGAGUUCAGGCUUUGAUUCAAUACCCUGAUGUUCAGACAGCAAUUGUUGCUAAGGAAGCCUUGGAAGGACACUGCAUUUAUGAUGGAGGGUUUUGCAAGCUCCACAUCUCAUAUUCACGCCAUACAGAUCUCAGUAUAAAGGUCAACAAUGAUAGGAGCAGAGAUUACACUAGCCCCGUGUUGAGCUCCCAACCUUCUGUUCUGGGCCAACAACCAGUUCCAAUUCCAGGUCCCUCCACUCAUCAGUUUGAAGGAGCCCAGUAUGCCUCACCUUCGGAUCAGCCGGUGAUACAUCAGCCUUCUGCAGGAUGGGCCACAUCUGCUGCAGCAGCAGGAGCACCACCACCACCACCUCAGUCCAUGCCAAUGCAGCAGCACAACCACCCCUACAUGCCACCUGGGACCAUGCCUCCUCAACCAGUCCCUGGAAUGAUGCCAAUGCAGACCCAGACUGGCCUACCUCAGUCAGCAGCAAUGCCCCCAUACAGCCAUUGAUCAGCUGCAGCAACAACAACAUCAUCAUCAUCAUCAUCUCUCAGAUUAGUUUUUUUUCCAAUGUCGGUAUCAGUCUUCUUGUGAACGGUAGCAGCAGCCUGCCUCCAUGGAAUCUGCAAAUCCAAGGGAGAGGGCAAUGUCCAUCACCCAAACUAAGCCUCUACAUGUGGGGAAGAACCUCCCAUUUCCAGAAAUUCAAAUCUCUUCUUUUUUACCUUUUUCUAGAUUUUGAAAUGAAGGUUCCGGGCAAUGCGGCCUUGCGUUGCCAAUUGAUCUUCCUUUUGUGCUACUGUGAAAUAUUUUACUUUUCUCCAUUAUCAUUACGUUCUUGUGGCUUAAACCUUUGCGGCUUCUCAUGUGAUUGUUCAGAUAAAAAAAGGGUCACAGUGCCUAGAUCCCACAAAUCCUCUUA